AUGGGUGUCAAAAAAGUAUAUACAAUAAUAACCCGAAAAACUAAUUGGUGUAUUGGGCAAACGCGAAAAUUUACAACCAAGUUGCCCGAGAAGCCCACAUACAUUAGUACCCCUAUUUUUUAUGUCAACGCUAAACCACAUAUUGGUCAUUUAUAUUCAGUUGUAUUAGCUGAUAGUAUUAAAAGAUAUCACGAAUUAAAAGGGCAUAAUGUUAUACUAAGUACUGGGACCGAUGAACAUGGUUUGAAGAUACAGCAAGCCGCGUCAGCAAAUCGAAAGAGUCCCCAGGAAUUUUGUGAUGAGGAUUUAUUCAAUAGAGCAAACAUAAGUUAUUCAAAAUUUAUUAGAACAACCGAUGAAAGACAUAAAGAAGCUGUUCAAGUUUUUUGGGAUCGUUUAGUUGCUGGUCAAUAUAUAUAUAAGGAUGUACAUGAAGGAUGGUAUUCCGUAUCUGACGAGGCUUUUUACCCCGAGAGUCAGAUCAGAGCCUUUACGGAUCCAAGUUCAGGCGAAAACUAUAUGGUGUCAAUUGAAUCUGAGCAACGAGUAGUUUGGAUGAAAGAAGAAAACUAUAAAUUUCGUUUAUCAAUAUUACGCGAUAAAAUUUUACAAUGGCUCGAAGAAAAGCCUUCGGUUAUUGUCCCAGAAUUUCGAGUAAAUGAAGUUAAAGGAUGGCUAGAAUCUGGAUUGACUGAUUUGUCUAUCUCUCGAGCUAGUUCACGCGUAGGCUGGGGAAUAUCUGUCCCUGGUGACCCUGAGCAAACAAUAUAUGUUUGGCUCGAUGCUCUAAUCAACUAUUUAACUGUGACUGGUUUUCCCUGGUCAAAUGAUACUCGUGACACUAUGCUAUCUAAUGGUUGGCCUGCAGACCUUCACGUUGUUGGCAAAGACAUUUUAAGAUUUCAUGCUUUGUAUUGGCCUGCAUUCUUAAUUGCUGCGAAUAUUCCUUUGCCACGAAAAAUAUUAGCACAUUCCCAUUGGACAAUGGGUAAACAAAAAAUGUCCAAAAGUCGUGGUAACGUCGUAGACCCAUUUCAACUUUUAGAUUUAUAUGGUGUUGACGCCAUGCGAUAUUAUCUGAUGAGAGAUGGUGGCAUAGCUGAUGAUGGCGACUAUUCAGAAGAUUGGAUUCAAGAGCGAUAUCGAAAAGAACUAGCAGGGCAACUCGGAAACCUGUUAUCACGUUGCACUUCUGCAACAGUCAACCCAUCACAGCAUAUACCCCCAAAACCAGCCAAAAGCACUAGCGAAGAUAUAAUCCUACAUCAAAAAUUGAUUGAAUUGCCGGAUCUUAUUGACCAGUGCUAUGACGAAGCUCAAUUUCGUAAAGCUCUCGACUUGAUUACUAACACUUUGGCCGAGGCCAAUAAAUAUAUUUCAGAUAAUCAACCAUGGAUAUUAGUAAAAGACCCUGGUCAAGCGGAACUAUUUGAUGAGGAAAGAAGAUGGGAUGCAGCAAAGUUUGGCAAAGGCUGGCCCGACCAAAAUAAUCUUUCUCGUCAUCUUGGAACAUUAGAAAAAGUAUUGUUUCCUCCAUUGAGAAAGUAA